GUACGCGCUCGCUGCGUCGACGUGCUGACGACAGGACGCCCAGGCCGGUGUGUGUCGGUGUGUAUGUGUGUGUGUGUGUGUGUGUAUGUGUGGUGUGUGUGUGUGUGUCUGUUUGUAUGUGUGUGCGCGCUCUGAGAGUGUGUAUUUGUGUAUCGGCGGUCCCGCAGGUCCCGGAUGUUGCGGGCAGUAUGAGGCGAGCGCAGGGGGACGGGGACCAGCAGCUGUCGCCGCCGUUCUCAGAUUUCCUGCUAGACAAGACAAAUUAGAGUUUUCCUACUGAGUUGAUUUGGCUGAAGAAAAACCAGAAAUCUUUGCCUCCUGACUUUGGAAACCCAGUUUAACCUUCAAACUGGCGAUGUCAAGGGUUCCAAGUCCUCCACCUCCGGCAGAAAUGUCGAGUGGUCCCGUGGCUGAGAGCUGGUGCUAUACACAGAUCAAGGUAGUGAAAUUCUCCUACAUGUGGACCAUCAAUAACUUUAGUUUUUGCCGGGAGGAAAUGGGUGAAGUCAUAAAAAGUUCAACUUUUUCAUCAGGAGCCAAUGAUAAACUGAAAUGGUGUUUGCGAGUAAACCCAAAAGGGCUAGAUGAAGAAAGCAAAGACUACCUGUCACUUUACCUGUUGUUGGUCAGCUGUCCAAAGAGUGAAGUUCGGGCAAAGUUCAAGUUCUCCAUCCUAAAUGCCAAGGGAGAAGAAACCAAAGCUAUGGAGAGUCAGCGAGCUUAUAGGUUCGUGCAAGGCAAAGACUGGGGAUUCAAAAAAUUCAUCCGUAGAGAUUUUCUCUUGGACGAGGCCAAUGGGCUUCUCCCUGAUGACAAGCUCACCCUCUUCUGCGAGGUGAGUGUAGUACAAGAUUCCGUCAACAUUUCUGGACAGAAUACCAUGAACAUGGUAAAGGUUCCUGAGUGCCGGUUGGCAGAUGAGUUAGGAGGGCUGUGGGAGAAUUCCCGAUUCACAGACUGCUGCUUGUGUGUGGCUGGCCAAGAAUUCCAGGCUCACAAGGCUAUCUUAGCAGCUCGAUCUCCAGUUUUCAGUGCCAUGUUUGAACAUGAAAUGGAGGAGAGCAAAAAGAAUCGGGUUGAAAUUAACGAUGUAGAACCCGAAGUUUUUAAGGAAAUGAUGUGCUUCAUCUACACGGGGAAGGCACCAAACCUUGACAAAAUGGCUGAUGAUUUGCUGGCAGCUGCUGACAAGUAUGCCCUGGAGCGUUUGAAGGUCAUGUGUGAGGAUGCCCUCUGCAGUAACCUCUCUGUGGAGAAUGCCGCAGAAAUUCUCAUCCUGGCUGACCUCCACAGCGCAGAUCAGCUGAAAACUCAGGCAGUGGAUUUCAUCAACUAUCAUGCUUCGGAUGUCUUGGAGACCUCUGGGUGGAAGUCAAUGGUGGUGUCACAUCCCCACUUAGUGGCUGAAGCUUACCGCUCUCUGGCUUCAGCACAGUGCCCUUUCCUGGGGCCCCCACGCAAACGCCUGAAGCAAUCCUAAGAUCCUGCCAGUUGUGAGACUCCAUUUAUUUUCCAGAAGCAGCAGCCACUGUUGCUGCCACUGACUACCAGGUAGACAGCGCAGUCUAUGGAGCUUUUACUCUGCGUCGGGGGAAAGACUGCACCAUGACCCAGACUUUAAAACAGCACUAAAUAACUUAGGGGAACGGGGGGAGGGAAGGGCCCAGGACUCGGGGCCACUCAGCCUAAUGAAAACCCUGUUGCUGUUCACCGUGUUCCCUUUGGCCUGACCAAGUUUGACACUGGGAUUCAGUUUAGGCGCUGGCCCCAAGCACAGCCCAGCAGUGGUACUUGGGAGAAACCUGCCUGCAUCUGACUGAGCAGAACAAAUCGUCAGGUGCCUGGAGCAAAAAGGAAAAAACAAAAACAAAAACAAA